GAGAGAUCUGGGGAGAGCUUCCCAUGACACCUUUCACGCUUGCAAGAAAAUCAUGGCCACCAUGUUCAAGAAGUCUAAACGAAAUUUUCGCAAAAAAGUCGUAGACGAAGACGACGACACCGGAAAUGAUGAUGAAUCAGAGAACGUUCCUGCAAUUCCAAAAAACACAGUUGAAAAUUCGAAGCCAAAAGAGAAAAAGAAGUCAAAGAUCAAGGUCGAUAAAGUUGCGUCUUCCAAUUCCCUGUUGAGCUUCGAUGAUGAAGCGGCAGACGAGGGUGAGGUUUUUAAGGUUCGGAAAUCAAAGGAAAGCCGUCGUUUGGCGAAGAAAAUCGAGCAAGAACGGAAAAAGAAAGAGAAAAUCGGCGGGGAGGCGGACGCGAAUAAAAAUGACGGAAGUCUUGAUCAGGGUCAAGACGACACCGAUGAGAAACUUGCUGCACUGCGGGCAGAACUGAGCCAGAUCACACGUGAAGGCGACGAUGAUGACGCUGAUGAUGACAUUGAGUCUGUAGGGUCAGCUCCUGUAAAAGAACCGGUUACAAAUUCAAAUAUAAGAACUGAUUUUAGUAUACCAGACGCAGCAACAAUCCAUGCCGCACGCAAAAGACGUGAAAUGGCUAGACAAACUGAGCAAGAUUACAUUCCUCUAGAUGACACAAAGAAAUAUGAAGGGCAAUUUGCUUCAAAAGGUCGGCUGGUGAGAGAAGAUGAAAAUGAUGUAAGUGAUGACGAGGGUGAAGAAGGCCCCAUCACCUUCUCUGUUGCAAGGAAAACAGGAUUUCCAGCUCUGGAUCGUAGACGAGAGGUAGAAGCCGCGCUUGCUAAUCAACAACUUGACGAAAAAUCUGACGAUGAAGAGGCUGAAGAUGAUGAGGAGUUGAAACUUUGGGAAGAUGAACAAAUUCGCAAAGGAGUGAAAGGGGUUUCUGCACCCCUGGUACAAACAGAAUUGCCGCCAGCCACUGAGAUGACAAAUUCAUUAUAUCAGCAACAGUAUGCCGAGGAUCAACCUUCAGGCUUUCAAAUAGCCCAGCAACCUUAUACAUAUGGAGUCGGGUAUAGAGAUGUACACACAAAUGGAAAUCAAACUCAUGGACUGACCGUGGCCUCUAAUUCACUGCAAAGUCAUCACGCAGUAACUGUAGACAUGAUUUGCGACAAGAUGAAACAACAGUUAGCAACGCUUCAAGAGGUACAUCGCGGACAUCAGAUGGACAAAGAAAAAGCAACAUCUCAGCUGGAAACUGCGCAGGGAAGCAUCAAGAAGCUAGAGCGUCAGGGACGAAAUGCAGAGCAGAGAUUUACUUUUUUUCAAGAGAUGAGGGGGUAUGUCAGGGACUUGCUAGAAUGCCUUAAUCACAAGGUGGGUGAUACAAGCAGGAUGAGAUCCUUCAAGCGAUUUAUGGUCGCUUUUCUCGAACAGGAAAACAUCACGCAGCAUGGAAUUUCCAUUCCCCCGCAAAGCUGUUUGCAGCGUCGACGAUGGCCAUUUGAUAAAUACCUUAUUUUGUUGUUUUUUGCAGAGAGGAUUCUAUCUGAGGAGAAAGCUUUAUUUGAAGAUGUAGUGGAGGAUUUCAGUUCUAUCGACUCAAUAAAAUCAAGAUUUGAGGAAUGGAAGAACAAACACGAAGACUGUUAUAGGAAUGCAUACAUUUCACUUUGUCUUCCUAAACUGUUUGCUCCAUUUAUUAGACUGCAACUUUUGGACUGGAAUCCGUUUGAGGCCAAAUGUUUGGAGAUUGAGGAUUUCCGCUGGUACAAAAGUCUGGUGUUGUUUGGAUGUGGGGAUGAUCCCUAUGACAUUGAUGUUGACGACCCUGAUGUUAAACUCAUUCCAAUAGUGUUGGAGAAGUCACUUAUCCCAAAACUAACUGGUCUUUUUGAACAUGUUUGGGAUCCUUUAUCACAGAAACAAACAGUGCUGGCUAUUAAAUUAAUUAGAGGGAUGGCUGAAGUUUAUCCCAACUUUCAUGCUCAAGAUAAGUCUACACAGUCGCUGUUUGCUGCCAUAACGACUCGCUUGAGAAGAUGUGUAAGCGACGAUGUCUAUGUCCCUCUUUAUCCUAAAAGUUUACUGGACAACAAAUCUUCAGGGGCCUUGGCGUUUUUCCAGAGACAGUUUUGGAGUUGUGUCAAGCUCAUGGAUAACAUCCUCAGAUGGGAGGGUCUCAUUUCGUCCGCCAGGCUGCAGGAAAUGGCAGUGGACGGUCUACUGAACAGAUAUCUGCUCUUAGCUCUUCAACAUUCUCAUCUUUACUUCGACAGUCUGGAAAAGGCUAAAGCGAUCACUGCCACGUUUCCCAAACAGUGGUUUAGCGAGCACCAACAGAAGACUUUGCCUUCGUUAGAAGCGUUGGUGCGUUAUCUCGCCACCUUGGCAGCAAGCAUGCAACGCUCUUGUGCAGGAUGUCCUGAAGCUGAGAAAAAGAAGGCGAGGAAUGGCAUCAAGAAGGUUAUCCAACUUCUCCUUCAACUGAGAUCCGUGGACAAGGCGAAGCUGGUGGCUACAGAACACAGUCUGGAUGAUCUCGUGAAAGAAGUAUGACAUAGGCUCGAAUCCUUUUAUGUUCAACAGUGGAGUUCUCCAAACCUUGAACUACUUGGAGGAGCGUUGUGUCGAGCCUUCGACUCAGUUGGUCAGCGAAGUUACUGGGCGGCUUUGCGCGCUGGGGGAAUUGAAGGAAAAGGAUUGAAAUUUCUCUUUCUUCACUUGUAACAGCCAUUUUACCGUUGCUAUAAAUCACCUAAAAAUGACCACGUAAUCAUGCUGUAAGUGUGACGAGACGCCAGCCUCAGGAGCAGACGUUUACGUGACCAGCAUUGUUCGAGUGCUCCCCGAGUCACGCAAUCUUUGGAAGCAUUGCGUACGUGACUUUUGUGACUACACACAGUUUAACAUCGAAAGGAGUGUUUUAAAGAUUUUUCUUGUAGUGGAACCCCCUUUGCAUGGCAGUUCAUUCUCUUGACAUCAAAAGAACAAAAAGGUUUUGUGGAUACUUGAAAGACCAAGUGUAUUUUGGUUGUCGAUAUUUUCUGGAGGCUUGAUUUCCGCAAUCUCUCGUCCGUAUUACAGGCGUUACUUGGUUCGUGGCGUAACGCUCUUUGAAUCCACGAGAAGCGUUGUGUGACAACUGAAGUAACGGUUGCGAGACUGCGGACAAUCGUUAGUCUGUAGCAAACUCUUUGAGAGCUCCCUAGAGAGCUUGUCUGCAGGCUAUAAGACGUGGACGGAUCUCAAGUUUCUUUUUGCUCGAUAAGUAAGAUAAAUUAACAAAGAACUGCUCCAAGUCUGUCUCUUGCAGGCUUCGAAUCCUAGGAGUUAAUUAAUUAUUCACUGCUUUCCUCGGGAGCUAGGCUCAGAGGCUUCAUUUAUCACCCGGUUUAGUAACUUGCUUGGUCGCAGCGGCCUUUACAUUGCAAGAUUAUUCAAACGUUCA